AUGAGUGAAUCAGAAAAGAUGCGCAUAGCGCUUAGUAGACAUUUCGUCGAUUCAGGCGAGAAAGAAAGGCUCAUGAGUAUAUUACGUGCACGACUUGUUGAAUCGGGUUGGAACGACAAUCUCUACGCAUUCUGCCGAGAUACUGUGAGGAGUCGUAACUUGGCGAGCAUUACUAUGGAUGAUCUUGUCAAAGAGGCAGCAGAACAUGGCCGAGGAUCAGUGAACGAGAACAUCAAGAAGGAGCUUUUGACACAUAUCAAAAAGUAUUUGGAUGCUGCAUUAGAGUAA